AUGUUCUUGGUCAAAUUCAAUGUUCUUUCCCAAUUUCUCCUCUUGGAAGAAGCUAGAUCUUUUGGUCGAAAAAAACAAGAUGUAACAUUAACUAUAAUGACGUCAAAUGGGAUUGAAGGCAAUGAUAAUAGAAAGACAUGCAUUGGCAUUGAGAUUGCCACGCUAUUGUCUGAAAAAAGCAUGUGGAAGCGAAUUGUGCGUUGA